CGAGCCCGCCCCACCGUCCGCUCCGCUCCUCCCAGCCACCUCUAUCCCGGAAGUUGUGCCGAGCGCCCGAUCGCGUGCUGCUAGCCAGAGAGUCUGUCGCCUGCUGGAUCUGGACGGACCGUGCUUGCGAAAGCAUCACCAUGCCUUUGGCUAGAGAUUUGCUACAUCCUUCCUUGGAAGAGGAAAAGAAAAAACAUAAAAAGAAACGGCUAGUUCAAAGUCCAAAUUCUUAUUUUAUGGAUGUAAAAUGUCCAGGUUGCUACAAGAUUACCACAGUUUUUAGCCAUGCCCAGACAGUGGUUCUUUGUGUAGGUUGUUCAACAGUGUUGUGCCAGCCUACAGGAGGAAAGGCCAGACUCACAGAAGGUUGUUCAUUUAGAAGAAAGCAACACUAAUGAUCUAUGCAACUUUCAGAAUUUAUGUUUUCUCACAGAAGCCUUAUAAGUUCAGUAAUUCUAGUUACUCUUCCAAGAUAAUGUAAUUACAUUUGAUUUUGUAAGGUAUACAACAAUGAUCUCCUAUUUUGGUGUUUUUCAAUAAAGUUUUAAUUAUGGACAACCGC